AUGACAAUACACGAUGUAGGAUUAACGAGCUUAUUCCUGCCGCACCUUAUAACAAGCCAGCAAUACCAAGUCCUCCAACCGGUCGCCUUCAUACAGAGAACGGGUGAAGGGCCCAACAUGCAUUUGCUACCAAGAAACCCACACUGGCAUCAAAACUCAGUACUCAGAAAAAGAUCCCCUGACUCUAUGCAAAGACCGUAUUAUGGGCCUUCGCAAUACAGACAACUAUCUUACUAUACUCAAGAACAGCUAUAUGAUCAAAAUCCCGCACAAAGCUUACAGAACUAUCCCCACGAUACAAAAUCAUCAGUGGACUUAGUCAAUUUACAGACCAGAGACCAGGUACCAAACGAUGGAAGAUUACUUUCAGAUUCAGCUUUUACAAGAAUAUCAGAAACACUCGGAGCAAUCAACACUGUUGGACAUUACCUCGUUGAUAUCGUAAACGAAAACGAAAGAAACGAAUCUAACCCAAACCUUCAACAACUACCCCAAGCUCUAUACACAUUAAGCAAAAACGUGCUUGGAAGAAAUGUAACAGAUAAAAUCGCCCCUAUAGUCAAAAAAGCACUACCUAAAGUCCUACCCGAUGCUCCAAUAACAAAAAUAGCGACAGCAGAUUUAAGUUAUGAAAAUGAUCCUAAAUCUUGUACAACGCCAGAAGGUGAAGACGGUAUUUGCGAAGAUCUAAGCAAUUGUCCGCAGUUGUUGUUAAACUUAAUAAAUCUUCGGGAAUCUCUUUGUUUUAAAGACCUCUUCGUACCUGGUGUAUGUUGCCCACGGGACGCAGUAAUCCCGUCAACUCCCGCUACAGAGACACCGGUUAUAACUACAACACUUAAACCAACAUAUUUAGUGCCAGUUACAACACAAAGGCCCGCUCCUCGGCCUACGACUAAAAAGCCAUCCGCAAUACUCGUACUCACAACUAAAAGACCGAAACCUCAACCAACGCAAAGUACAGUGAGGACUACAACAUCAUUGGCAACUGUGACCACUCCAAGACCAAUUUCCACCACCAGUUUCUACACCGUCCCACCAAUCAUUGGGAAUUACUCGAAUAUUGUUGAUAUCAAUGAUUGUGGACAAAGAGAAGACGAAGGUGGUCGUAUUGUAGGGGGCACAGAAGCCAAAUCAGGCGCUUGGCCUUGGAUGGCAGCAAUUUACCUGCACGGUAGUAAGCGACGGGAGUUCUGGUGUGGAGGCACGCUGGUGAACAGAAGACAUGUACUAACUGCUGCACACUGCACGAGAGACUCCAAGCAGAGACCAUUUCCAGCUCGACAGUUCAGCGUGCGCUUGGGAGACGUGGAUCUGGGACGCGACGACGAACCCUCUCGACCGGUCACCCUGCGAGUGACGGCGGUCAGGGCUCACGAGCAGUUCUCCAGGGUCGGCUUCUAUAACGACAUCGCCAUACUGGUUUUAGCUGAAAACGUGCAAAAAUCGAAAUAUGUGAUACCCAUCUGCCUGCCACAAGGCGACCUAUCUCGGGAGCAAUUCGACGGCGCGAUGGCCACGGUGGUGGGCUGGGGCACCACGCGCUACGGUGGCGGUGAGAGCUCCCGCCAGCUGGAGGCGCGCCUGCCGGUCUGGAGGAACGAGGACUGUGACCGCGCAUACUUCCAGCCCAUAACUGACACCUUCCUGUGCGCAGGGUACGCCAGAGGUGGAGUGGAUGCUUGUCAGGGUGAUUCUGGCGGGCCACUAAUGCUCUUAGCAAAUGGGCGCUGGACACAGAUUGGAGUUGUAUCCUUUGGGAAUAAAUGCGGAGAACCUGGAUAUCCGGGAGUCUACACUAGAGUAACACGUUAUUUGUCCUGGUUACAGCAAUACUUAACUUGA